UAAAGAGCAAAGCCAUGAACAUCAUCUUGGAUCUCCUCCUACUUCUACUCACUAUCCUCUACUCCUACCUGGAGUCCAUGAUGAAAUUUUUCAUUCCCCAAAGGAGAAAAUCUGUGGCUGGGGAGAUUGUUCUCAUUACAGGAGCUGGGCAUGGGAUAGGCAGGCUGACUGCCUAUGAAUUUGCAAAACGGAAAAGCAGACUGGUUCUGUGGGAUAUUAAUAAGCAUGGUGUGGAGGAAACUGCAACCGAAUGCAGAAAACUGGGAGUAAAGGCUCAUGCAUUUGUGGUAGACUGCAGCAACAGAGAAGAGAUUUAUAAAUCUGUUAGCCAGGUAAAGAAAGAAGUGGGUGACGUAACUAUCCUUGUGAAUAAUGCUGGAGCAAUAUAUCCAGCUGAUCUUCUCAGCACCAAGGAUGAAGAAAUCAACAAAACAUUUGAAGUCAACAUCCUAGGACAUUUUUGGAUUACAAAAGCACUUCUUCCCUCAAUGAUGAAAAGAAAUCAUGGCCACAUUGUCACUGUGGCUUCAGUGUGUGGCCAUGGAGUGAUUCCUUACCUUAUUCCAUAUUGUUCCAGCAAAUUUGCUGCUGUUGGCUUCCACAGAGCUCUGACAUCAGAACUUGAAGCCUUGGGAAAAACUGGUAUCAAAACUUCUUGUCUCUGCCCAGUUUUUGUGAACACUGGCUUCACCAAAAACCCAAGCACAAGACUGUGGCCUGUAUUGCAGACAGAUGAAGUUGCAAGAAGUUUGAUUGAUGGGAUACUUACCAACAAGAAAAUGAUUUUUGUCCCCUCAUAUCUCAAUAUCUGCCUAACACUGGAGAGAUUUCUUCCUGAACGUGCCUUGGCAGCUAUAAAUCAUGUGCAGAAUAUUCAAUUUGAAGCAGUGAUUGGCCACAAAACAAAAAUAAAAUAAAUAAAUGAGUUGCAGUCAGAGACAUAUGUACCUUAAUUAUAUGGAUCUAAGUUUAGAGUCAUUUCUUCAAAACUUUGUUUUACAUUUUUCAAUGCUAUUAAUAUUGAAAACAUUGCUUUGGCA